AUGACGUCCAAAAGCCGUGGCAUCCGUGGGGCACUUCCCAUGUUGUGGAGGCGGUGGGUGUCAGGUGGCGGGUUUACGCUUCGUUUGAGGGCGCGGGAGUUUGCCUCCGUCGCCCCUCUUGCCCGGUACCGCGUGUGCUACAGCGUCAAUGGGGGCGUUGGUUUCCACCCUGCCGGGGAGGCGCCGCCGUUCCUUCAGCUGACAAUCCUUCCGCCUACAGUCGUUGGGCUCUCAGCGAAGCGCGAGGGACAGAUGUACAACCUCAACAGUGUGACGGCAACCGCACUGCGCCUGGAGCGCCUUUUUGACCGCGAUGCUUCGCUGGCCUCCGACUUGGGCUCGUUCUCUCCGCAAGUCUCUCGGUUUGCGGGGCGGCCGCCGAGUUACUACCACCAUGCAAGUGUGUGUUUUGUGGGGAGCGGCCGGGGGCUGUAUGUGGCGGCGUCAACCUGA